GACACGUCAUUUUUGUUUUGUGGAAGUUGUGGUUAGGGUUCCAUAUUUUCAAGAUUUUUUCAAAAAAAAACUAUACUUAUUAGUAAUUAAUAACAUGGUUUCAAUAUUAAAUUCUAUCGACACAGGCCAUGAAGAUAUGAUACACGAUGCUGAAGUGGAUUAUUACGGUUUGCGUUUAGCCACUUGUUCAUCAGAUAACAGUGUUAAAGUAUAUGAUAUAAAAAAUGGGGCCUCAACCCUUUUAGAUGAUUUAAAAGGACACUUCGGUCCCGUUUGGCAAAUAGCGUGGAGCCAUCCAAAAUACGGCAAUCUCCUAGCAUCUUGUUCCUAUGAUAGAAAAGUGAUAAUAUGGAAAGAACAACAGAGGAAGUGGUCAAAAUACUAUGAAUAUGCAAAUCAUGAUUCUAGUGUCAACUCUGUUCAAUUCGCCCCUGCAGAAUUAGGGCUCAUUCUUGCAUGUGGCAGCAGUGAUGGGUCCAUAUCCAUUUUAACUUACAAUGCUGGUAGUAAUAAUUGGGAUGCAAAAAAGAUUCAGAAUGCUCAUGCAAUUGGAUGCAAUGCUGUUAGUUGGUCACCGGCAAUAACGCCAAUAUUUGGAAAUGCUGAGACCGAUCAACAAUCGCAACCUGUCAAGAGGCUGGUUUCUGGAGGUUGUGAUAACCUAAUAAAAAUUUGGAAAGAAGAUGGUGAUAGGUGGGUAGAAGAAUCAAAAUUAGAAGUACAUUCCGACUGGGUUAGGGAUGUGGCUUGGGCUCCCUCAGUAGGCCUCCACAGAUUUAUCAUAGCAAGUUGCUCCCAAGAUCGAAGAGUAGUCAUCUGGACCAGUAAUGAUUGUAUCAACUGGAAUUCUACUGUUCUCCAUACAUUUGACGAUGUUGUAUGGAAUGUCAGUUGGUCUUUGAAUGGAAAUAUUCUGGCAGUAUCUGGUGGAGAUAAUAAAAUCACCUUGUGGGAUCAAAACACUGAAGGAGUUUGGCAGUGCAUAAGUGAUGUAGCUAAGGGCCAGGGACAGAUCAAUAAUCAAUAAUUAUGAGGCAAAAAAACUACAAUUUUAUUAUGGAUAUACUGAAAUUCCCCAGGAUUGUUGUUUAUUCUAGUUCUAGAAUCUUUUUCUUAUUUUAAAAUUCAACAUGUUUUCAAAGUUAUACUUGAGAUUUUUCAAAUAAUAAAUUGAUGGAUGUAGCCGUUACUACGUGGUAGGAGAUUAUAAUGAAGAAAAGAGAAUUGAAACUUUCUAUGUAACUAACGUUACAGCAGUUUUGUUAGUUUCAAAUACGUUAGUUACAAGUAAAAGUGGUAAAAAACAUAGAAAGUUUCAAUUUUCUUUUCUUGAUUAUUUUUCAAAUACAACGUAAAGGGGAAUUCAUACCAGGCUUGGACUGAUUCAAAUCAAGCGUUCUUUAUCAUUGAUUUAAUGAAAAAUAUAUUUUUGUUCAAUUUGGACAAAAAUUGAAAUUAUUAACUACUGAACUAACUGUCGAAUAAAUAUGAUGAUUCUAAAAAAGUUGAGUAAUUUUUAACAAAAAAACAUGUAUAUUUGAAGGUUCAACCAAAAGAAUAAAAAUGAAGUAAACAAAACAA